ACAAUGUCGUUUAUCCGAGCAGGAAGCGCUGCCUGCUUCAGGGCGGGCAGGAUUGUCGCCCCCGUCAAUGUCCGUUUUACUUCGAACGUCUCUCGUGUCCCCGGUGAUCCGCCUGUCAAGACGAGUCCCUCCGCUGCGCCCACUGUCCCUCCCAAGGAGAGUUCGUUGAUCAACCAGGAGACCCCUGCUGAGGCGAUGGCCCGUCACCAGCCAGACUAUGAGGCUACCAUUGACCACGGCACCUCGCAAUUCUCCCCUGUGCCCAAGCGCGUGAUGGACGGCAGCGAGCCCGGUGAGACCGUUCCUGCUGCUAUCCUCUCCGGUGCUCCCACCGACCUUCAGGCUCGGACCGUCAGAAUCUACCGCCCCACAAAGCCUGCUACACAGUCCGGAAACUGGCACAGCCACCACUGGCGAAUGGAUUGGGAUAUUUUGCAAAGGGGUCACCGGUGGGAAAACCCACUUAUGGGGUGGCAGUCGUCUGCAGAUGGCAUGCAGGGUACCCACUUGAAGUUCAGAACCAGGGACGAUGCCGUCAAGUUUGCCCAGAAGCAGGGCUAUGAAUACUUUGUGCAGGAGCCAAAUGACCGCCGGUUCGUUCCUAAGUCCUACGCGAACAAUUUCUCGCACUCGCCGGGCAAGCUCAAGCACAUCAAGACCAAAUAAUCGAGUCUCCUUUACUGUGUCAUGUACAUAACCAUGCUUGUGCUUUUCUUUGAGAUUGUUUUCGGCAAAAUGAAUUGAUCAUCCUCCUUUAGAUGUGCGGCCAAAAGGGUAAUUUAACGUGUUUGCUUGCCGAGUAGCUGCUGAUGGAGAUUGGGGUCCAUGAGAGGAGGCACAAAAGCAACGAAGAUUGUAUGCCUCUAGAAUCAAAGAGAACGGAGAUCCGAACGGCUAUUGUCUCCUGUGGGCAUAUCUUGAGCCCAGCAGUAUCCCAAAGUCGGUCGGACAAUCACGCUUCAUAUCCUACAAAUAUUUAAUCAGCUGAUCCAAAAUGCUCGAGCCUCGCGU